UCCACACAGCUCUGCGGAUUUGACAAAGUGAGGACGACGAUGGAGAAAAAUACAAAGGGCAAGUCGUCACUUAUCAUGGAAGGCCAGACGUCCAGAAAACGUUUUCCUCUGAAGUACAGUUGGAUCUUCCUGUUCUUGGCUUCCCUUGUUUUAUGGCUUAUGUUUUACAGUGAAAACAUCACUGAUCACAUAACUCAUCGAUUAUCAGAGUUAAAGAUGAACGUCCCCACCACUCAGGCUCYGACACCAAACACCACAACAUUAAAACGUCCCACUGAGCCUCCUCAGCCAGCCAGCGUCUGCUCCUACCACUCUGUGUUACCAGAGGACGCUCUGGAGGUAGAACAGCUGAAGGAGUCCAUCGCCUGGCCUGAAACACCUUCUCUACCAUCCAACUUCUCUCUGAAUGACACCAGUGGUCCGGCUCACAGCACCUUCACCAUUCUGCCAAGAAAUGGUGGUGGAAGUUGGCGAGUAGGGGAUCAGCUGGAGGUUCUGAUACAAAUCACCGACUUCCACGGCCGCCCCAAGUCAUCAGGGGGAGAUGUUCUGCUYGCUCGGCUGCACAACCCGACUCUUUUUGCAGGCGUUGCAGGGCGAGUGUUGGAUCAUCACAAUGGCUCUUACACUGCUGUGUUCUCUCUACUCUGGGAAGGAAGUGCGCAUGUUGAGGUGACUCUGGUCCAUCCCAGCGAGGCGGUCACUGUGCUGGAAAGAAUCACCCAGCAGAACCCUGGCAGAGUUUCUUUAAAAAGCAUCUUCCGCUCUGGCUCAGUCACCGAAGCUACUGCUUGUAACGUGUGUCUCAAGGCGCCCCCUGAAAAGCUCUGCAACUUCACUGACAUCCGCACCGGCGAGCCCUGGUUCUGCUACAAGCCAAAGAAACUCAAAUGUGAACACAGAGCCAUUCACUCAUUUGGAGGAUUUGGUGUGAAACUGAAGCCGAUGGAGGAUCAGCUAUUUCAAAGGGGUGUCAACAUGAAAGUCUUAAUUCAAUCAUCAGGGCCUUCAAACAUCACUAUUUUACCCAAACCAAAAGUUCUGAAUGAAACAGUUCCCACAAACACAUCAGGGGGAAGAGAGAGCGCUCAACCUGCUGGUUAUUAUUACCAGGGUAUUUGGCGAGCACUAGACGGCACCACAGUUCAUCAGUUUAACAACGCCACAGCAAGCAGCCAGUGUCUGAAAGGGAAAGUUCUCCACCUCUAUGGAGACUCCACUGUCAGGCAGUGGUUUGAAUAUUUAAUCUCAGCAGCACCAGAUCUAAAGAAGUUUGACCUGAAAAGUCGAACGCAGACAGGACCUUUUAUGGCCUUGAAUUACGCAAAGAACAUCUUGGUGACGUUCCGCUGCCACGCUCCUCCCAUCCGUUUCGGUAACUUGCCGAUCAGUCAAGUACGAUACAUUGCCAACGAACUGGAUGGUUUGGUUGGAGGUGAAAACACGGCUAUAGUUAUUGGAGUUUGGUCGCACUUCAGCACUUUCCCUGUUGAGGUMUACAUCCGGCGCCUGCUGAGCAUACGGAGGGCAGUGGAGMGGCUGCUGACCAGAGCUCCAGGUACACUGGUCAUCAUUAGGACCGCGAAUCCCAAAGCGCUGUCCCUCUACGAGACUCUGACCAACAGUGACUGGUUUUCUAUUCAACGUGACAAAAUACUCAGGACAAUAUUUAAAGGGGUGAAUGUCCGAUUUGUGGAUGCCUGGGAGAUGACCUUGGCCCACCACCUGCCACACAGCCUCCACCCACAGCGUCCCAUAAUAAGUAACAUGCUAAAUGUUGUUUUAUCCCACAUAUGUUCUCCAGCAGGGAACUUUACAGAAACAAAAAAGUUGUAGAAAAGGACCUGGUAUUUGGGUAACCACUGGUGAUUGGGGACACUUGAUCUAUAUCACGUUAUGGACAUGUCAACCAGCAGUUAUGAAGAUUGAAUGAAAAUGAGCAACACAGAAGUAGGUAAAGGAAAUUUGAUGCUGGGAUGAAAUGGCCUCCAAGAAAACUUUGAAGAAAGCCUUCUUUCAUGUUUAAGAAGUCUACAUUUAUAUAGAAAUUUAGAUGUAAAUAAAAACAUAUUUAUUUUUUUUAAAUGUGUGUUUAAUCUUUUUGGCCACUCCUGUCUCAUUUUCUAUCUUAAGUGUAGUAAUAACAAUAAUCUAAACCUGCUAAAAGUAAUUGUACUGGUUACAUUAAGUGUUAGUUGGCAGACAGCUUUUGUUCCUGGGUUACGGCAAAAAGCUGAAGAAUAAAACAUUAGUUUCCCUUCCUCUACUUCCCAGUCCAUUGCAUUAUGCCUCAAUCUGAAGACUAUGAAUGAACAUGGCGUCAAAAAGGUCAGAUACUAGAAAGAGAAACAGAAAGAGAGUGGCAUGAUGGUUUUAUGUGACUUGUACUCUGUGCCUCUCCUGUCCACUGCGCCUCCUACUUGCUGCUGUUCAUGCAUUGCUAAGAGCAAUUGAGUGCUGAUCAGUAGCAGUUGAGAUGGAAUUAACAAUAAUUGAAGAAAAAGAAAUGUAAUCUAAAAUUAUUUUACUGUUGUAGACAACAAAAAAAUCAUUUUCAUUUCUGAAACAAACAAAAAAAAACUGCUUUAUACAAGUGAAAAACAUCAUGAUUA